CGACCCCGAAUUAAAGAAACGCUCUUCACUAAUCUACCUCAUGCGGAAGCAAAAAAACACCAAAGCGGCUUUCUUUUGUGUUUUGGUUGUUUUUUGUUUUGCUUAUUAGUGAUUUCUACGCGGAAGUCUCUUCUCGAGAUUGACCGUGUAUCCGCCUGACACCUCCCUCACAUCCCCUCUCUGCCAGUCAAAGCGACCUCGAAUUCGACUUCACGAUCACUAUUUUCCAAAACCCAGCGUCAAUUUUGAUUUAUAAUCACAGUUGAUCUAUCAUAUGCAGCCCAAGGUUAGGGUUUAGAGUAAUUAAAUUCGUUUAUUUGGAACAGAGUGGCACUGACGUUCCGGGGAAUUAAUCAUGUUUACGAGGAUUUUCGGCAAACCUAAACAGGAGACAAAUGCUCUCGCAACGCUAGAUAAGUUAAACGAGACACUUGAAAUGCUAGAGAAAAAGGAGAAAGUCCUUAUUAAAAAGGCUGCUUCAGAGGUUGAAAAGGCCAAGGAAUUUACCAGAGCAAAGAACAAAAGGGCGGCAAUACAAUGUUUGAAGAGGAAAAGACUAUAUGAACAGCAAAUUGAGCAGCUUGGUAACUUUCAAUUGAGAAUUCAUGAUCAGAUGAUAAUGUUAGAAGGUGCAAAAGCUACAACUGAGACAGUUGAUGCAUUGAGAACUGGAGCGUCUGCAAUGAAGGCUAUGCAGAAAGCGACAAAUAUUGAUGAUGUGGACAAGACAAUGGAUGAGAUUAAUGAGCAGACUGAGAACAUGAAGCAGAUACAGGAAGCUUUGGCAACUCCUAUUGGUGCAGCAGCUGAUUUUGAUGAGGAUGAGUUGGAGGCAGAGCUUGAAGAAUUGGAGGGAGCAGAGCUGGAGGAACAGCUUCUUCAACCUGCUACAACUGCUCCUGCAGCUCCAGUGCAUGUGCCAGCAGGCAGGCAAUCAACUCGCCCUGCACCUCAGAAGAACACAGCCGAGGAAGAUGAGCUCGCUGCAUUGCAGGCAGAGAUGGCUCUUUAAACAGUUAGUUCAGUCCAUGCAGUAAACGUGGAUUGUGUAAAGAUUGGGUACUCAGGCUGAUACUCCAACUUCCGCAACAUCUCGGUGUGCAUUCAGGCGUUGUAUAGGUGGCAUAAAGUAAACAACCCCCUCUGAAAUCUGUACCCUACUUGGGAUAAGAAGUUUUCUGUUUUAUAGAAUACCUUCGUUGUGAGUUUAUUGUUCUGUCACGCAUUGAAAUCAAUGUCACCAUGGGCAAGGUAUAUUAUACAUGAAUAAUGAAGUUUAUUGCCACAUGUUCUGAACU